AUGUUAGUAACACGCAUCGCACAAAUACGAGCCGCAGCUACAACUUUGACAUCUUCAUCGCCCGUUAUGAGACAACUAUUGGGUAGAGCCAUUAGCGAGACGACACAAAGGAGACAAUCUACACAUUUUCGUAGUGGAGCUUUAAAACCCAAACCGGAGGAGACACCAUUCGGUAUGGUGGGUGUGUUGUGUUCCGUGCUGCCUGGACUAUUCAUUGGUGCAGCCAUUAGUAAAUCGGUGGCCAAUUUCUUGGAGGAAAAUGAUCUGUUUGUACCCGAAGACGACGAUGAUGAUGAGGAUUAA